AUGCACGCAAAGACGGACUCGGAUGCGACAAGCUUCGCUCCAUCGUCGCCGGAUCACAACCGGCGGCCGGUGUACUACGUGCAGAGCCCUUCGCGCGACUCGCACGACGGGGAGAAGACUAACACAGCGUCGUUCCACUCAACGCCGGUGAUGGGAAGCCCAACGGGCUCGCCGCCACACUCCCAUUCUUCCGUGGGCCACCACUCCAGGGAAUCGUCAACCAGCCGCUUCUCGGGCUCUCUCAAGCCCGGAUCGAGGAAGAUCAACCCGAACAACGUCGGAUCUGGGGGCCGAGGCCACAUGAAGGGCAGGCAAGAUAACUGGAAAGAGUUCGAUGUGAUAGAAGAGGAAGGGCUGCUCGAGGAUGAUGGGUCGCGUAAAGGGUUGCCCCGCAGAUGCUAUAUUCUGGCAUUUGCCGUCUCUUUCUUUGCACUUUUCUCCUUAUUUGCUUUGAUUCUGUACGGCGCUAGUAAACCCCAGAAACCCAUUAUCAGAGUGCUGAGUGUUAAAUUCGAGAGGUUUGCGGUUCAAGCUGGUUCUGAUGAUAGUGGAGUUUCAACUGAUAUGAUAUCCAUCAAUGCCACUGUUAAGUUCAAUUUCCGAAAUACGGCUACAUUUUUUGGGGUUCAUGUUUCAUCUACGCCCAUAGCUCUCUCCUACUCGCAACUCAACAUUGGCUCUGGCAAUAUGAAAAAAUUCUACCAAAAGAGAGAGAACGACAGAGAUGUUUCCGUAAUAAUAAUUGGCGACAAGAUUCCACUGUAUGGAAGUGGAGCUGCUUUGAGCACACCAACAGGGAUCACAAAUUUGCCUAUACCGUUAAAUAUGGAAUUCAGGGUUCGAUCAAGAGCAUAUGUUUUGGGUAAAUUGGUGAAGCCUAAAUUCUAUAAGAAGAUUGUGUGCUCCAUUAAUUUUGAUGCAAAGGAACUCAAUGUUCCAAUAUCCCUCAAGAACUCAUGCACAUAUGACUGA